UCAUUAUGGCAGAAAACACGGCAAAGAUAAGAAUUGGAAGUGUCCAAAAUGCCUCAAGAAAUAAGCAGUGGAGUCCGAUUUAAAGGCCCACGUCAAGAUCUGCGAUGGAUCAUCUUCUCCUUCUUCUCCCCGCCCUCCGUCGCCCCCGCCGCAUAGGCAAACGCAAAUGCAACCGCAGCCGCCGGAAAUUCCAACUAUCUUUGAACAACCACCGCCGCCACAACCUGAAACCCUCUAUCCUACUCCAUCAAAUGUUCUUUGGAUGAACAUGACCAUUGGUGGAGCAAUUCCUACCACAGUUUCUAUUCCAUCAUUUAACCGUUUAUCAGACACCACAUUUUUCCCCUCCGAGCCUAAAACUAAUCCAAACAAGUUUUCCAUUCCUUCUUCUGCAUCAUCCCGCUUUAUGAAACUGAAAAUCAUAUCGGGAUCGUGUUACCUGCCUAAUCCUAAUAAAGAGGAAACAGGUGGAGACGAUGCCCAUUUCAUUUGUCCUGAUGAACAUGCAAUUGGUGUAGCUGAUGGAGUCAAGUACUGGGAUAAAGUUGGGGUCGAUUCUGAGGAAUUUGCCCGAGAAGUAAUGUUACGCUCUAUUACUGCAAUUCGAGAAGAGCCUAAGGGUUGUAUAGAUACAGCCAGAGUUCUUCAAAAGGCUCAUGCUUUGCUGCAAGCUGAAGGAUCAUCAACAGUUUGCAUAAUAGCACUGACAGAGCGUGGUCUUCAUGCCAUUAACUUGGGAGACAGUGGUUUCAUGGUGAUUAGAGAUGAUUGCACUGUUUUCAAAUCUCCAGCUCAGCAACAUGCCUUCAAUCGUACAUAUCAAUUAGCAGCCAUUGGGAAUGGUGCUGAUCUUCUUAGCUCUGCCCAGGUGUUUUCUGUUCCUGUUAUCCCCGAAGAUGUUAUAAUUGCUGGAAGCGAUGGACUGUUUGAUAAUUUGUACAGCAAUGAGAUAGCCUCUAUUGCUGUGAAUGUCAUUCGAGCUGGGUCAGAUCCUCAAGACACAGCUCAAAAGAUUGCAGCUUUUGCAAGACAGAGUGGGGAUGAUAAGACGAGAUCAACACCAUUCUCAACAGCUUCCCAAAAUGCUGGUUUUCGUUAUUCUGGGGGAAAGCUUGAUGACAUCACUGUCGUGGUUUCGUUUGUUAAGGAGAAUGCUCCAAGAUCAUCAACAUUUGGAUACCGCUAAGACAAUUAUGUUUCUCAUCUGGAUUCAAAUGAGAAACACUCUAUUAUUAUUAUUAUGGGGUUGGGUGUAGAGACAUGUAAAUGUGGUUACAUUAAUGUGGUUGUAUCUUGAUUUCAAUUAAUAAGAUUUUGUCAGUUUAUUUUGGAA